AUGGCGGUCAGCGAGCGGAUAUCACAGCUCAUGGGCGCCCUCGACCCGACAUCAGGCCCCAAUUCGGGUGCAACCUCUCCCGGAGGCAAUUGGCGUGACGCGGAUGGCAGUGGCACAGACGACGAGCGGGACAGCAGAAGCCGCCCGCGCACCUUCCCGUACUUCGAGUACCUGCCCUACCAGACCGAAGGCGAUGGCGAGCGUGAUGCGAGCCUGGAGACGUGUCUGAAGCACCUCUACAUUGCCGUGUCGGCAGGCGACUUUGCGCCGGGCGCAGUGCACUGGACACGCGAGAUUCGAGGAUGGCUGCAGCUCAAGUUCGACCUGCCUCGCAGCACCCGUGUGAAGCUCGUGAAUCUCUACUACGAGCUGGCCCUGGCCCCUGGGCUGGACUACCUGGUGGCGGAGCGUUUCGCGAGCAUGUUCAUGGUGCUGACCAAGCGCAAGCACUACCUCCGGCCCGGGAAGGACCAGGUCAUAUUGGAUUGGCGGCCCCUGUAUAGAGAACUCAAGCUGUUCGUGCUCCCCUCAGAGUCCGGCGGCUCACAUCCGCCAAACGUCAAGCGCAAUAUCAGGACCUUGACCAAAAUGUGCACCUUUGCCCAGCUGUACUUUGAUCCAAAGGAGAUACCUGCCAUAUUCGAGGAGCUUCUGCCUUUCUUCAGCACCUCUUUCAGCGAAGGUGCCUUUGUCGUCGUGGGUCUGCUCAACCUGCUGCUGCCAACACAUCCGCCGCCAGAAGACAGGCCCGAUCUGCUUCCACAGGAGUACCUCCCCACGUUCUUUCAUCUGUGGUCGCUGGUCAAUCGCUCACGCUUGUUCGACGCCCACUUCAUUGAUACAAUGUCACGUCUUGCUAGGGACAACUUGACUGCAUCACACAUUCCUUUUUCACAGUACGGCCUGUUCACGGCCGAACAGUCUUCCCAGAUCUUCACCGCCAUUCUUAGGCUACUCGAGAUUCCAGUCGGACAAGCCACGUCCCCCUACAGCAGUACGGUCGAUCUAGGUGCUGGCCUGGCCGUCAUGCUCGACCGAGACGUGCGCAAACACCCCUCUACACACCACAUUGCCCGCAUAAUAGCCAUGUCGCUCUCGCCUGCAUGCACGGACAACUCAGAAUCUGUUUUGAGCAAAUUGGAAGGCCUGAUUCAGGCCGUUGAGACGUUCUUCCAUCCGUCAAACUCUGGCAGCUGGACUCGGCCGCUCGCGCAGUUGGUAUACUAUCUAGCAGACUUCUUCGUCCUGCGCUGGAAUCGUGAGCACAGCGGUGAGAUGGAUGUGCCCAAGGACCGCCAGCUCAACGAUGCUGUCAAGAGACGUUUUGUGCUAUGCUUGCGAGAGGUGACCUUCAUGGGCAUCUUCUCCAAGAGCGAUAAAGCUGUGCAAUAUGCACUGUCUACCCUGCAAAGUCUGGCUUACCUGGAGCCAAAUCUGAUCCUCCCGGGAGCACUGCAGAGAAUCUACCCUGCCAUGCAGGGCCUCGUCGAGGUACAUCGCACCAUAUCCUCUAUUCGAGCGCUACAUAUGCUUUCCAAGAUCAUGGCCAAGACAAAGGGCUUCCGGUGCCACGUCACAACGGCACUUGGGCUUGCACUCCCUGGUAUUGAUCCCAACGAUCUCGAGAAGACCCUACACACGUUGCAAUACGUUCAAGGUGUCUGCUAUCUGGUGCCCUUCCAUGAUCUUACAAAAGCCAAGAAAGCCGCAGACCGAGAGUCUACAAAUGGUGUGUCGACACCGGCAGACGAUAUUGGUGGUGACACAGGGCUUGCGGUGCAAUGGAUUACAGAGCAAGUAGAACGUCUCGAGAGUGCCAACGGCAACAUCGAGAUCGACUAUGACAAAGAGCUCAGCGAUGAGGACGAGCAAAUGAUUUUGCGAUCUUCCACAAGUGGCCUAAACGAGUUCCUGAUUUCCUUCAUCGGUCGCGUCUUUACUCUUUUGGAGAAUUUGCCAGAUGCUGCCAGGGUUCGCAGUGGAUCGCCUGAAGAGUACGUUGUAAAUCAUCUUCCAGCUGCAUUUACACCGUUGCUCGCAGCACUGUCGCCUGAGCUCUACGAUGUUGCGCUAGACAAGAUUGCCAACUUCAUCACCAAUCAUGUCAUCCACCAAGCUCGCGACGCAAUAGCUUUUAUCUGCAAUAGUCUUGUCAAGAUAAAUCCACAGAAAGCGUUGAAGCGUAUACUGCCUCACCUGUUCGCCGGUAUCCGCACAGAGAUUGAUGAGAUCGGCGCUGGUUCGACUCGGACGACAGGUGCCGAAGUCCUCCCACGCGACCGCGCACUUGUAUGGAACCUCAGCAUUCUUAGCAUGUGCGUCGUGCAUGUUGGUGAUGCCGUUCUCCCCUGGAAAGACGAGCUCUUUGAGAUUGCCGAAUACAUGCAACUGAAAUGUAGAGGCACUCCAACUGUGCAUGUUUCUAACUUCAUACAUCAUCUGUUGCUCAACCUCACCUGCACCUAUACAGUUGACUACUCUAUAUAUGAAGAUGAUGAGGUCGAGAAAGGACUCACCACAGAAUCAUGGGGUAGGCAGCUUGAUGUGAAGAAAUUGAACAUCAAGUGGCACUCUCCAAACUCUGAGGAGAUUGACUUUGCUGUCAAGCUAUUCGAAACCCACGCCAGCAACUCCAUGAACGCACUCGUUGCUCUCAUCCAGUCCGAUCCGCCCAUCAAACGCGAGGGUACCGGGAAGGACUGGUCGGAUGAGGUAUCGAGAAACCUUGUCCUGUUGAGACUAAUCUUAUCCGGUGUAUCAGUGUUGUUCGAUGGCCGACACGAUCAAUCUGGUGAAGGCAGCACUGCUGACUCUAACGAUGGGUCCGAUCCAGACGCAAUGGACACGGAAGGCAUCGAUGACGACGCUGGCCUUGGGGAGGCUGAGGACGAGGAAGUGAAGCCUACAUUCCAGUAUGAGUCCGGCUAUCCGCUGCGGCGCGACGACAAGAACUACAAGCUCAUGCAUGACCUUCGCCACCGAGUUGGCGAAAUUCUGCACGAUGUACAUCAGUUUUUGAUUGAAAAGCAGCCAGACGAUGUCCCUUGCUUCAAUUCCUUGUACAAUGCUUACCGUUCUUGGUUCAUCGACGUUGGUAUCGAGAAAUCUGCCCAUGUUCUUGAUAGAAUAUCUAGGCUUCUCGAUAACGACGAACAGCCAUUCAGGUUCAGCGGUUUGAGGAAACAGUACCCUCGACCUCUGCUUGUUCGCCGCGCCAACGUCUACCACUUGCAGCGACUUCGGCAUAAUGCCGCUCCACGACCAAAGACGGAUCUUGACAAGCAGUUGUUUUUGGACCUUGCCGAAUCUAGCAUUUCCCUUUACACGGAAAUCCGACGUACUGCACAGACUGCCAACGAGUCAGCAAUCAAAUGUGUGCUGGGUGCUCGACCGCUGGUCAUCCCUCCACUACUCGAUGCAUUUGUCAAGGCUGUAGCGGAGAGUGACUACCCUCGGAUCAAGGGUGCCAUGUUUGCUCUUCUGUAUGGAAGUCUGGCAAAGACCAUCAGUCGCGACUGGAGGUUUACUCCCAAGUUGAUCAAGGCCUUUAUCGAAGUCACUGGUGCCGACAAGCCAUCGGUGCAAAAACUCGCUACCAACGCCACAUUCCAAGUCAUGGAUAUGGGCAAGGCAAUGGAAAGGAUGGUCAUUCUUGACAAGACGGUUGUCGAAGCCAUUGCCUAUGCGAUGGAUACCAGCGAGGAAGAGGUGCAGCAGAAGGUCACAAAGAGGCAGGACUUCAUCAAGAGGAAGAGGGCUCGUAUUGAAGGCAAAAAGGCGGAACUAUCAAAGGAGCUGGUGGAAAUUGCCAACACUGAGCACUGGAAGAAGGUCAGUCGAACUGCGGCUAUCAUUGUCAAUUUGGGAAUGCGCUACGACACAAUUGCCUCUGAUGAGAUGAUUGAUCUCAUAGCUAGAGGCACCAUUGAUCAGCAUCCAAGUUUGCGAGGUCUGUAUGCCGGCGCUUUGAUAGGAUUGUACUCGGUCAUCCAGACGCGCGCCAUCACCGGCCAUAGCUACCAGAAAUAUUUACUCGGGGAAGAAGAUCUGCCAGAUAAAAUCUCCGUACCAACUAGGCCUGACGAUCCAAACUGGACCGAGGAGCAUCUGGAAUCCUUCGCGCAACCAGAGGCUAAGUACUACGUCGACUUUGACUAUCCUGGUUGGUUAGUGUGGAACAAGACCAUGCCGGCUUUCCUCCCGAACGCAGUGCAGCUCUCGUACGACGAUGUGGAAAACGACGUCCGUCGAAAAAUUGCAAAGCACCUUACACGAUCGUGGUUCUCAAACUACUUCGCGUUCAUGAAGCAAGAACCUCGCGAUACUAGCGCUGAUCGAUUCCGGAUGUCAAGCGCAAUGUUGCUGACGCACUCGUUCGACCUUGUGUUCUGCGGCGUGACCGAGACGACGUUUGAGGAUAUCAAGGAUCUCACUCAGUCGGUCUAUGGCGAUGGGAGCGACAAGCACCAACACCGUGCGACGUCGGAGAUCAUGGCCGCGCUACUAUCCUGUGCUCCUGAUCUCCACCCCGAUCAGCGACAAGAGGUCUGGGAAUAUGUAUUCCCUAUUGUGCGUGGAAUCUUCAAGGACGGGCUGACGCCUGAAAACAACGGUUACUGGACUACGUUCCUGCAUGUCGUUCUACAGUCCAAAGAUCCUAGGCGAAGCUGGCCGCUUGUCGAUUGGUUGGCCAGCCUUCGUCUCGAUAUGGACUCUAAUGCCGCCUUCAAGGAGAGCUCAAAGAUCCACCUACUAACGCAAGCAAUUUCCGACGUGGGCUGGCACUUCCGCCGGGAGGAGCCGAUCCUGGAUGAUUUCUUGAGCCAUCUUGAUCAUCCGUACAAGGGCGUUCGUGAGGCGAUGGGUCAAACGAUCGCGAGCAUCUACCGUACCCGGUACCACGAAUCGUACAAGGACGUCGAUAGCCUGGUUAAAGCUCAGAAAGAAGCAUCUUCAAUUGGAGUUCGACCCUAUGAACCAACAGAAGAAUUCAGCAAAGUGAUCACGGAUGUGUUUGAUCGCCUUGAGGUCUGGCGUCAACAGCGUCCCUCUGGGCAACAGACACCUUCGUCGUACACUUCUGGUGGCAAGACGGUUCUCCUAUGGCUUGAUUCUACACUCUCGUCGUAUGAGUGCACCCAGCUUGUCAAGUUCUUCCCAAAUGUUUUCAUGGAACAGCUCCUCCACAUGAUGGACAUCAAAGAAGAUCCUGAAUUGCAGUCGCUUGCCUAUCACGUCUUCCGGCACCUUCCCAACAUUCCGCACCGUGAGGGUGAAGACGCAGAGUUUAUUGCUGCGUUGAUACGUAUCGGUCGCAAUGCAACGAGCUGGCACCAGCGGUUGAGGAUCUUGAUCAACAUCCAGGUCAUCUAUUUCCGCCGACUCUUCUUGAUGGGCGAGAAGCAGCAGCAGACCAUGUUCGACUGUGUUUCUGCCAUGCUCUCGGAUGUACAGUUGGAAGUUCGGAUGGGUGCGGCUACGACGCUCUCGGGCAUGAUUCGCUGUUCACCUGUUGCGCUUCGCGAUGUUCAGGUGUCGACGCUGAAGAAACGCUUCACGACACAACUUGCCAAGAGCCCGCUGCCGAAGCGCCGCAACCCCGGCACACCAACGGUCGAGCAGGGUAAGGUGGUGCUGACGCGUCACGCAGCUGUGCUCGGGUUGGGCGCGCUUGUACAGGCGUUCCCAUACCAGAGCCCGCCGCCGACAUGGUUGCCAGAAGUGCUUGCUACGUUGGCGAGGAAAGCGGCUGCGGAUCCGGGAAUGGUGGGCAAGAGUGUCAAGAGUGUGCUGGCCGACUUUAAAAAGACCAGGCAGGACACUUGGCAUGUCGAUGUCAAGGCUUUUGAGCAAGAACAGCUGGAGGAUCUGGAGGGUGGCGCCCCACCACACAGCCACAGACACGAUCAACCAACGACAGCUCCCUCUGUCGCAAACAACUUCACAGGUCGACGAGACUUGGACAAAGCUCGACGACGACUCUGCCACCGACGCCGGAAAUGGUCCUUGGCACUCCUGAUGCCGGCGUACUUUUUCCACAUCACGUUUGAACUGUACCCCUCGCGCUCGUCGCCUGAUUCGACCUUCAGCCCGCCGCCGGGGACAGACAUCUUCGGCGCAGAGCUCCCCGUGCACCGCCGAGAGCAGAGAGGGGAGUGGGGGUUCUUUGGGCCGUCCAAGAGCAGCACGUGGAAGACUGGGGCGCCGUCCAGCACGCGCGACCGUCGGCCUGCCGCUCGCCGAUUCAGCCAGCGCACGCGACGCUCGUUCUCAGACCAUCACGACAGCCCUGUGCCCGUGGGGAAGCCGGCGACACGGACGGGCGGCAGCCAGCGGGAAAGCGCGGGACAGCGUGACUGGCGCUUCGACAGCAUCGCCAUCGCCAGCAUCGACAUGGACGCGCCCUCGCUCGCACCCAACGCCGGCGGCCUGGCCACCAAGGGCCGGUUCAUCGCCGCCGACAUCAAGGACACGGACGUGGGUUGGGGCGUGGUGCACCUUUACCGCGACGGCCACGAGACGCCCGGCCUGUACGAGCAGCCGGACGGCGUGCGUGGCUUGGAUGCGCAGCCGGACGCGGCCCCCAGCGACGCCGAGUGCACGACGCUGUGCAUCCUGGCCGUGCCCGCCUACAUGACGCCCUCGGACUUCCUGGGCUUCAUGGGCGAGCAGACGCGCGAGGACGUGUCGCACUUCCGCCUCAUCAGGACGAGCCGCGCCAACAAGUACAUGGUGCUGAUCAAGUUUGGCGACGCGCACAAGGCCCGCGCGUGGCAGCGCGAGUGGAACGGCAAGCCCUUCAACAGCAUGGAGCCCGAGUACUGCCACGUCGUCUUCGUCAAGUCCAUCACCUUUGCCAAUGGCGACUCGACCACGGACCCAUCGUCGUACCCGGACCUGACCAACGACCCCUUUGCCCCUGCCCCCACCAAGCAGCCCGUGUCCGCCGUCGACGCCCCCUCGCUCACGGCCAAGCCCCACGCCCCGCCCACGCCCGCCCUGGUCGAGCUGCCUACGUGCCCCGUCUGCCUCGAGCGCAUGGACGAGACGACGGGUCUGCUCACCAUCCUCUGCCAGCACGUCUUCCACUGCGCCUGUCUGGAGAAGUGGCGGGGGUCGGGCUGUCCCGUGUGUCGGUACACGCAAAAUGACGCCUUUGGCUCCCACCGCGCCCUCGACGGCGACGCCCCCGACAACGAGUGCAGCGUCUGCGCCGCGACCGAGAACCUCUGGAUCUGCCUCGUCUGCGGCAACACGGGCUGCGGCCGCUACGACGAGGCCCACGCCUUUGCCCACUACGAGGCCACGAGCCACACGUACGCCAUGGACGUGGCCACGCAGCACGUUUGGGACUACGCCGGCGACGGCUACGUCCACCGCCUCAUCCAGAACAAAGCUGAUGGCAAGCUCGUCGACCUGCCCGCCUCGACACACCAGUCCUUUGGCGCGCCCGGCAUGACAGGCUACGCAAACGACACGGUGCCCCGCGAGAAGCUCGACAACAUGGGCAUGGAGUACGCCUACCUCCUGACCUCGCAGCUCGAAUCCCAGCGCGCCUACUUCGAAGAGCAGCUCGAGCGCGCCGUCGACAAAGCAGCCAAAGCCUCCUCGUCCGCCGACGAAGCCGCCCGGACCCUCGCCUCCUUUAACCAGAAGAUCGAAGCCCUGACGCUUCAGCACGCCGACGCGCAGAAGCAAAUCUCCGCCCUCGAAAAGGACGGCGCGCGCAACGCCCAGAAAGCUACUUCUGCAUCUGACCUCGCUCGCAAACUCACCAAACAGUACAAGGAGGAACAGACUAUCAACGAGAGCCUCAUGAGCCGCAUCAAACACCUUGAGAACAAGACGGUCGAGGCGGAGGCUAGGGCCAGGGAAAUGGAGGCCCAGAAGGUUGAUCUCGAGGAGCAGAAUCGCGAUCUGAGUUUUUUCAUCAGCGGCCAGGAGAAGCUGCGCGAGAUGCAGGGGAAUGAGGUGUUCGGGCUGGGCGAGGGUGAGGUCGAGGGUGGAACGGUGGAGAUUGGGGAUAAGGGGAGGAAGAGGAAGGGGAAGAAGAAGGCGUAG